CAUUCGAGAGAAAAGAACACCAGCUGGGAGAACAAUAUUUCCAUCAUCCAAGCUCCUUCUGUCCGCCGCGUGGCGUACAUCCAAGCGGUGAGGGUUCAAUUGUCUCUCUACAUCCAAACAACGCGGUGAGGGUUCCAAGCUUGUAAAUGAAGACUCGGCUGGCAGUAAAUGGAACUCCAAUCCAACCACACGCCUGCGCUGUGCUUCUCUUCCCGGCGCUGUCCAUUUCUACUACCAAGCUUGUAAAUGAAGACUCGGCAACAAACGGAGCGGCAGGCUCGCCGGAGCAGGGUGAAAUCCGAUCUGCAGAUCAAGCAACCCAAGCUGAAGCAACAGAUUCAGCCAAGGAGUCCGAGCUCAGCCUGUUCUUCCAAUCUCCCCUCUCAGCUGAGGAAGAACCGCGAGAAUAUGGGAAAAGGCAUACGUAGAUGGACGAAAAAGGAAGAAGAUUAUCUGGUGCAAUUAACUAAGGAUCCUGAGAUGGCUGAACUGUUUGACGGUGGGAAUUAUGAAGCUGUGGUGUCCGAAUUGAAAGUCCACAACGAGCUGCAGAAGGACAAAGCUGCAGCCAUGGACACCUACUUGGGCAGGCAUGACAAGAAGAAGGAUGAUGAGAUGGCACGCACGCGGGAGGUGACCGAGCGCAUCAUGGCAUUGAGUAGAGAGUGCUGGGUCACAGAGGAGACCCCAAAGCUGUGGGUUGGUAUGUUGAAGAUGCUGAAGGAUCGAGAUGCAGUCAAUGUCUUUGAGCUGUCCAAUCCUGAAGGAAGAAAGUCCCUCCUUGAACACCUUGCACGGGAGGACGUGCGGCCUGAACCUGCGGAUACAGGGGAUGAAGAUUUCGAGAAAGAGUUGGAUAGAGUUAUGAUGGAGUACUUUAUGGACGAUUUUGCGGACACCGUGUUCCUGUACGGUGUUUGCUGCUGCAUGGAAGUACUAUCUGGUGGACUCGGGGUACCCAAACCGGAUUGGUUACCUGGCGCCCUACAAGGGGACCAAGUACCAUCUUCAAGAGUUUCAAAACGCCGCAGAACCAGAAUGUAAACAAGAGGCAAGCAGAUUGGUGGAGACACCUUGGCGCGAUUUGGCGGACACACCUCCAGGGGAGCAGUGAUGUCUUCCUGCCGGUGCAUCUUCCUGAUGAUGGUCUAUGUUGUGAUCUUUGUGAUUGCCUGGUGGUGUAUCACGUCUAGCCGUCUAGGAUUCCCCUGAACUGAUGUUGGCGUAGUUGGUAGUAGUGAUUUUCCUUUUGUGAUGCAUGUUGGUUCGAUGAACUUUGUCUGUAAUGUUGGUCAAGUGCUGAACUUGAACUGAUGUAGGUCUGUAGUAAACUUUAGUUA